AUGCAUAUGCCGCCCUCGCAAAAAGAGCAGCCCGGUUGGCAUCGUGCGCCGCGUCUUCUGAACCAGGGCUUCCAGUACCUGUGGGAGCAACGCGUAGAUUCAUCGCCGGGCUCAAACGGAGUGUGGAGCUUGACGCUAGAUAAGUGGACAUUCUCCGUCUAUGAGUACAGCUCGGAUGCGGAACAGUUUUGCGCGAAAGGUGACUGCGCCGGACGUACUGGUGGAUCUUCGGCGCGCAUUGCAUGGGGGACCCGGUUCUGGUCUGCCGAUAAAGGUUUAGAGGAAGGGAGCGGAGGUGCGGUACGUUUAGAGGCCAGGACAGACGUUAUAGUGGCCGAGCAGAACUCCCUCACCUGGUACAGGGAUUGGCGCUGA